GCAUAAAUAUUGCUUUGUGCAAGUGGGUACACACUGCUCCGACCUGCUCGGCAUAAACGAUUUUGUUUUAUUUUCAUAAAAACGCAAAGGAAAUGAGUGGCAAACCUGCAAAAUCGAACAGCGGCUCCAGCAGCAUGCUGUACGGCUCCAGCAUAUCGGCGGAGUCCAUGAAGGUGAUAGCGGAGAGCAUUGGUGUGGGCUCUUUGUCUGACGACGCCGCCAAGGAGUUGGCUGAAGAUGUGUCCAUUAAAUUAAAGAGGAUUGUCCAGGAUGCGGCAAAAUUCAUGCAUCACGCCAAGCGACAGAAGCUCUCCGUGCGGGACAUUGACAUGUCUUUGAAGGUGCGUAAUGUGGAGCCGCAGUAUGGAUUUGUGUCCAAGGACUUUAUCCCCUUCCGCUUUGCAUCCGGCGGCGGUCGAGAACUUCAUUUCACUGAGGACAAAGAGAUCGACCUUAACGAGAUCACAUCGAGCAACUCGGUGAAGAUACCUCUGGACCUCACGUUACGUUCCCACUGGUUUGUAGUGGAGGGGGUUCAGCCAACUGUGCCAGAGAAUCCGCCCCCGCUCUCGAAGGACUCCCAGUUCCUGGACUCUGUCAAUCCGGUGAUCAAACUAGACCAGGGCCUAAACAAGGAUGCGGCUGGCAAGCCUACCACCGGCAAGAUCCACAAGCUCAAGAACGUGGAGACCAUCCAUGUCAAGCAGCUGGCCACGCACGAGUUGUCUGUGGAGCAGCAGCUGUACUACAAAGAGAUCACAGAGGCCUGUGUGGGCUCCGACGAGCCGAAGGGGGAGGCGUUGCAGUCGCUGGGCUCGGAUCCUGGCCUACACGAGAUGCUGCCCCGCAUGUGCACGUUCAUCGCGGAGGGCGUUAAGGUCAAUGUGGUACAGAACAAUCUGGCACUGCUCAUCUACCUCAUGCGUAUGGUUCGGGCACUGCUGGACAAUCCGUCCCUCUUUUUGGAGAAAUAUCUGCACGAACUGAUACCCUCUGUGAUGACUUGUAUUGUGUCUAAGCAGCUUUGCAUGAGACCGGAACUGGACAAUCACUGGGCGCUGCGAGACUUCGCCUCCCGCCUAAUGGCCCAGAUCUGCAAGACCUUCAACACACUGACCAAUAACCUGCAGACACGUGUGACGCGCAUCUUCAGCAAGGCCCUGCAGAAUGAUAAGACCCACCUAUCUUCGUUGUACGGCUCUAUUGCAGGGCUAUCGGAGCUGGGUGGCGAGGUUAUCAAGGUGUUCAUCAUACCCCGCCUUAAGUUCAUAUCAGAACGCAUUGAACCCCAUCUGCUGGGCACCUCUAUUAGCAACACAGAUAAGACUGCCGCCGGCCACAUACGUGCUAUGCUGCAGAAGUGCUGUCCACCGAUCCUCAAGCAGAUGCGAGCUGCUCCUGAUACGGCGGAGGAGUACAAGAACGACUUUGGAUUCCUUGGACCUUCGCUGUGCCAGGCGGUGGUAAAAGUACGUAACGCGCCAGCCACGAGUAUUGUGACCCUUUCGUCCAACACCAUCAACACGGCUCCCAUCACGAGUGCGGCCCAAACAGCCACCACCAUCGGGCGAGUGUCCAUGCCCAGCACGCAGGGACAGAGACAGGGAAGUCCCGGGGUGUCGGCAUUGCCUCAGAUUCGGGCCAUUCAGGCCAACCAGCAGCCGCAAAAGUUCGUCAUAGUCACUCAAAACUCCCCGCAGCAACAGGGCCAGGCAAAAGUUGUGCGUCGGGGCAGCUCCCCGCACAGCGUUGUCCUCUCCGCGGCUUCCAAUGGGGCCAAUGCCUCCAACUCGAACUCGAAUUCGAGUGCCAGUGGGAGCGGUAACAGCAGCAGCCUCAUCGCCACUCAACGGAUCAGCGAUAAUGUUAGUGCCGGUACCGAAGCGCCAGCAGUUGAUGGUAUAACAGUUGAAUCUUUCAGAGCACCCUAGAUGCCAGCUCACUGAUUAUUGAGACGGAUAUUGUGCGCGCCCCGCCAGAGCUGGACGAU